AUGACACCCCCCUGCCACUCGUUCCCGGCCGCCGAGCUCCCCUCCAGGAUCCAGCUCGACGUCCACGGCCGGCGUCGCAAGCACGACCCGCCGCGGCGCGGGAUCGACCUGUCGGCCUGCCAGCUCCUGUCGCUGCUGCAGUACAAGUGCCCGCCCGAGAAGGCCGCGUCGGCGGACGGUCCGGUGCGCUGCUUUCCGGUGGAGCGGCUCUUUCGGAGGUGCGCGGAUCGAAAGGGCACGUUUACGGUGGAAACUACGGCCUGGGAGGGCGGCGACGCGGCCUCAGGCGGACACGGACGUGGAGGACUAGGCGGUAGCAGCGCGGGGCCGCAGCAGUGGUCGACAGGCUGGGCGGAUGGGGGCGGGCGUGGCCAGGUGAUGGAAACAUGA